GGCGCCUCUUCGCCAGAGGCGGGGCUGCGCCGGAUCCGCCCCGGAGUGGGCUGGGCCACCUUCCCUUUCACUUCCAAGGCUUCGGGGCGGUGUCCAUCUCGCAGGCGGGUCCAGGCUCGAGGGGUGUCGGGAGCGGGUCCAGAGUGCCAAGAUGGUGGUUCUUUCCAAGGAAUAUGGCUAUGUGAUUCUGACUGGUGCUGCCAGUUUUAUCUUGGUGACGCACCUUGCAAUAAAUGUUGGGAGAGCACGCAAGAAAUAUAAUGUGGAGUACCCAAUCAUGUACAGUGCAGACCCUGAACAUGGACACAUCUUCAACUGUAUCCAGAGGGCACAUCAGAACACGUUGGAAGUAUAUCCUUCUGUCCUGUUCUUCCUUGCCACAGGUGGAGUCUACCACCCACGCGCUGCUGCAGGACUCGGUGUAGCGUGGAUCAUUGGAAGACUGCUGUAUGCCCAUGGCUAUUACACAGGAGAGCCCAAAAAGAGAAACAGAGGAGCCAUUGGCUCAUUUGCCCUUCUUGGCUUGUCCGGGAUUUCCCUGUGUUCGGCUUUCCAACACCUUGGCUGGAUCCACCGUGCUGCCUGUACAGAUGUCUAAGAAGUUUCUUGGACUUGAAGUCUUUUGAGAAUGAAAUCAUUUCCAACGGGACUGACUUUUGUAAAAAAAAAAAAAUUUACAAUAAUGAAUAAAACCUCAAAUGAA